AUGAAGGAAUAUGAGAUCCUCAAUCAUAUGGUGAAGGCACCACCGUCAAUAUCAUCUCAAGAUCAUGCGGCAUUUUAUUUACCGCAUCAUGGAGUCUUGAAACCUGACAGCACAACCACCAAGCUGAGGGUUGUAUUCAAUGGCUCAAACCUCAAUGAGGCAAGUUAUCAACUCACCACGGUUACUUAUGGUACCAAGGCAGCCCCAUUCUUGGCUGUUCGUACUCUGUUACAACUCGCGGAAGACGAAGGAAAUCGCUUUCCGUUGGCGGUGCCAUUCAUAACUCAAGCCAGAUAUGUAGACGACAUAUUUGGUGGUGCUGAUGGCCCUGACGAACUAAUCGAAGGCGCAAAUCAGUUAAAAGGCUUGUGCAUGAGACAGGUCGAGUAUCGUGAACUCUAUCUAAAGUUCAUGAAGGAAUACGAGAUUCUCAAUCAUAUGGUGAAGGCACCACCGUCAACAGCAUCUCAUGAUCAUGCGGCAUUUUAUUUACCGCAUCAUGGAGUCUUGAAACCUGACAGCACAACCACCAAGCUGAGGGUUGUAUUCAAUGGCUCGAGUACCACUACUUCUGGGUACUCACUUAACGAUAUCAUGCACACUGGGGCAAAUUUACUCCUAAAUAUCACUGAUGUACUCUUAUGGAUACGUCAAUACAAGUGCAUCUUUGCGACAGACAUCACAAAGAUGUAUCGGCAAAUUCGUGUGCAUCAGGAGGAUUGGGACCUACAACGUAUUCUGUGGGUUGAUUCAGACCUCAAUGAGGCAAGUUAUCAACUCACCACGGUUACAUAUGGUACCAAGGCAGCCCCAUUCUUGGCUGUUCGUACUCUGUUACAACUCGCGGAAGACGAAGGACAUCGCUUUCCGCUGGCGGUGCCAUUCAUAACUCAAGCCAGAUAUGUAGACGACGUAUUUGGUGGCGCUGAUGGCCCUGACGAACUAAUCGAAGGUGCACAUCAGUUAAAAGGCUUGUGCAUGGCGGGCGGUUUUCCGCCUGCUAAAUGGCAAUCAAAUUGUCUGGAGCUUAUGGGUACACUCGCUCCAGAGAAUCUAUAUAACCAGACACUCAUUUCCUUAGACGAUUGCAAUACCAAAAUUCUCGGAAUGAAUUGGAACUCUUUGAAGGAUAUAUUCACUUUUACAUCCAAGUCAGAAUCAGAUCCAACCUCAAUAGCUCCUACCAAACGCCCCGUAUUAUCUCAUAUUGCCAAAAUCUUUGAACCACUCGGCUUUCUCUCUCCUGUCAUAAUUCGAACAAAGAUGCUGUUACAUGAAUUAUGGCUACUUAAAAUCAACUGGGAUGAUCCGUUGCCAUCUCACGUUGAGACUCGGUGGAACUCGCUUAGAGAAGACCUCACAAGGCUGGCCAGCCUCUCUAUCCCUCGAUGGUUCAACACACAUCAGGACUCGUUCAUUGAACUACAUGGCUUCUCUGAUGCUUCAACUCUCGCCAUGGCGGCAGUAAUUUAUGUUACUGUAUUAUCUCCGUCCACAAAACUCCAAGUGACGUCACUGGUGUGCUCCAAAACGAGAGUAGCACCACUUAAGAAAAUCACAAUCCCGAGAAUGGAGCUUGCCGCAGCAGGACUGUUGGCAAAGCUCAUGCAUUAUGUCCAAGCUAGACUCAAACUCAACAUAAGGAACAUUUACUUGUGGACGGAUUCUCAAGUUACUCUCACGUGGAUCAAAUCACAUCCUUCACGGUGGAAGGACUACGUAAGGAAUCGGGUUACGAUUAUUCAAGAACUAACCGCCGGAGCACAUUGGAGAUAUGUGCCGGGUACAUCCAACCCAGCAGAUUGCGCAUCACGAGGCUUAACUACUCAUCAGCUUGGACAUCACGACCUGUGGUGGACGGGACCACCCUGGUUGACAGAACCCAGUGACUCGUGGCCGACACAACCAGUACUCAAAGAUGAUACAAACACUCCAGAAGCUCGUCCAGGAGUAGCGUAUCUCUUCAAAGCCCAAACUCUAGAUUACCACUGGGAUCUGAUUCAUCGUUAUUCAACGUUGAAAAGACUCAUUACUAUUACGGGAAUCUGUUACAGGUUCAUCUCGAGGUUGAAAGGAUCUAAGGGACAAUCAUUGGGCGCACAAAUUUACUCGGUAACUGACUUGGAACUCGCGCGGGUAUUUUGGAUCAAAGCAACGCAAUCCAUAUACUUCGCGCAAGAACUGAAGACGGUUUACCUCACGGAGAGGAAUCCCACAAAGGCUUUACUCAGACUGUGGGACGAACUUCGUUGGAGCUGA